AACUUGGAUAGAUAUAGGUUUUACGAACAUCUCGAUCUACUCUCGCUUACGUAAAUAUGGCCACUUUAUUUCAUAAGGGAUGUAGUAUGCAGUUCCGCAUAUCCAUCGUUUUUUUUGUUGUGGGUUUUACUACGAUCAUCUAUCUUUACAAAAAUGAGUUUGUGAUAAAAUAUGCUCCUGCAUCUGAAACUACGUUUACUCAUCAACCUGGAAUAACGCCUACCAAUAAAUCUGAAACAACGUCUACUCGUCAACCUGAAACAACGUCUACUCAUCAAAUUGGAACAACUUCUACUAAUGAAUCUAAAACAGUGGCUACUUAUAAGUCCGAAACAACGUCUACCAUUGCAAUAAAUACAACAUCAUCUCCAUUGCGAACAGGUAAAAUAGUUCUUUUGUUUUGGAGUAAAUUUUUUGGUGCUUCACCCGCAUCCUUUGAAGUAAACUUGCCAAAAGGUGACAAAGAAGGCGAAUGUCCUGUGGCCUGUGAGGUUACAUCAGACCAUCAGCGAGCUAAAGAAGCAAAAGGAUUUAUUGUACAUUCAAGAGAUCCAUAUCCUCUACCUCCAUCAAAAGAUGUUCCCUGGAUCCUAACGGGUAUGGAAAAUCCUGUUUAUACUCCUAUACUUUCUGACGGCAACUUUAUGUCACAGUUUCAAUUGUCGAGAAGCUAUCGACUUGAUUCUGAUUUUCCUACCCCACUCUUCACAAAGCCAAAUUUAGAUCCACCGGUUCCGUUUGAGAAAAAAACGGGAGGAAUUAUUGCUACUCUUUCCAACUGCGAAGCUGUCAGGACAGCGUAUAUAAGACAUCUCACGGAACAUGUUCAUGUCGAUUCCUAUGGUGGAUGUUUACAUAAUAAAGAUGGUAUAGUAGGACGCUGGGCACCAAAUUUUAGAGAAGCAAAACAAGAUUUGGAAAAAUUAUACAAGUUUGUUAUUGUGUUUUUCAACCAAGAUUGUGAUUACUAUGUUGAUAAAAAAAUUCUUAAUGCACUUAACGCAGGUGCAGUACCUGUGGUGAUGAGCACGGAUAAAAUUAAUGAUUUUUUGCCUGGAAAUCUGAAAAAUGCCAUUAUCAAUGUCAGAGAUUUUAAGUCUCCCAAAGAAUUGGCGGAGCGACUUAAGUUUCUAAUGAACAACAAAACUGAGUAUAAUAAGUUCUUGGAAUGGAAAGUAAAAGGCUUAGGUCAUAUUAACGACACUGUGAUUGGAAGAUUUUGGGAAAGUAAAUUUUCCAUUUCAUUUCAUUGAUUUGCACAACAAAAUUUUGUAAAUACAACUAACGUUGUGUUUGGUGCGCAUAACCUUUCUGUUUUUUAUUUUAUUAUGUUGAAAUUUAACAGCUGGAGACAUUACGCAAGCAUAAGCUUCGCAGAAGUUGGCAAACAUCAAAUAUCUAUCGUCUGAGAGAAUACUACACUGUGAUGAGACUUGAUGCACUGUGCUUGUAUUUAAACAUUUAAACCAGUGUUGAUAUGUAUGUAGCAAAUUGUCAUUAUGUAACCGUGCUUAUCUCACCUAUCGUUUAUAUUAUAUUUCCUAAAUUACGUUUGUACUCUAUAGACCAUAUAUUCCUCUCAAAGAUAUUAUUCAACAAGGCAUGACAUGUGAGUUCGUAAUUAUUGCAAGUGAAUACUAGUAACUAUUCUUUGAUACAAUAAAUUUCACACGGGUAACAACACGGACUAAUUAACCUAAUGAUACGAGAUACGAAUAUACUGGAUUCGUAAAUUUAAUGUGGAGAAAUGAAGACAUGUGGAGAAGGAUUUACGGCAAUUUACACGAUGUACUUUGGGAAACUAUGGAACAAUUUAAUAUUUUGAUAAUAUUACUUUUUGUGUCAUAUCGCUCAGUACAUCAGAUUGUAUUUUUAUUUCAUAAUAAAAAAAAAUCGCCCGAAAA